UCCCUCUACAGCAAAAACCCAAAGCCUUCACCUUUCCCCUCUCUCUCUCGAUCUCGAGCAGUUUUCCAUGGCUGCGUUGAGAUUUCUUCAUGUUUGUUUCUUCCUUCUGAUACUUUUCCAUGGGUUUUCCUUAACUUUUGGUGUUGACACUUCAUCUUCUUCCCCUGAAUCAUCGGAUAUGAAGAUUCUCUUGGGAAAGAUCAAGCCUUCACUACAAGGCAACAGCGACAAUCUACUCUUGUCUUCAUGGAACUCAUCACUUCCUGUCUGUCAAUGGAGAGGGGUAAAAUGGUUAUUUUCAGAUGGGUCUCCGCUUCACUGUACGGACCUCUCUUCACCACAGUGGACCAACCUCUCUCUUUUCAAGGACACGUCUCUUCAUCUUCUCUCUUUACAGCUCCCUUCUGCGAAUCUCACUGGUUCAAUCCCUCGGGAGAUCGGUGAGUUCUCUAUGCUUCAGAGCCUGUUCCUAAACAUCAAUUCCUUAACUGGGUCGGUCCCUCUCGAGCUUGGUUACACUUCUUCUCUGUCUGAUGUUGAUUUGAGCGGUAAUACCCUAGCUGGGGUCUUGCCUCCAUCGGUUUGGAACCUCUGUGAUAAGCUUGUCAGCUUCAGGCUACAUGGUAAUUCGCUUUCUGGGACCUUGCCUGAACCUGCUUUGCCAGAUUCUACUUGUGACAAUCUGCAAGUUCUUGAUUUGGGUGGUAAUAAGUUCACCGGUGGUUUCCCUGAGUUUAUAACCAGAUUCAAAGGCCUAAAAGAUCUUGAUCUUUCGAGCAAUGUGUUUGAGGGUCCUGUCCACGAGGGUUUGGCUGGAUUGAAACUCGAAAGGCUCAACCUUUCACACAAUAACUUCAGUGGGGUGUUGCCAAAUUUUGGUGGAUCAAAGUUUGGGGCGGAAGCUUUCCAAGGGAACAGCCCUAGCCUUUGUGGAUUGCCUCUAAGACCCUGUCUUGGUUCCUCUAGGCUGAGCCCAGGCGGCAUUGCUGGUCUUGUGAUCGGUUUAAUGACUGGGGCCGUGGUUGUAGCCUCGUUGUUGAUAGGGUAUAUGCAGAACAAGAGAAGAAAGAACGAGAUAGACAGUGAAGAAGACGAUUUAGAAGAAGCAGAGGAGAUUGAAAACAGUGAUAAAGAUGGUGGUGAAGGGAAAUUGAUUGUGUUCCAUGGCGGAGAGCAUCUGACACUGGAAGAUGUACUGAAUGCAACAGGGCAAGUGAUGGAGAAGACAAGUUAUGGUACUGUCUACAAGGCUAAGCUUAGUGAUGGAGGGACGAUUGCCUUGAGGCUCUUGAGAGAAGGUAGCUGCUGCAAGGACAGGAGUGCUUGCUUGCCUGUGAUCAAGCAGCUGGGAAGGAUUCGGCACGAGAAUUUGGUUCCUUUGAGGGGUUUCUAUGAGGGGAAGAGAGGAGAAAAACUCCUCAUCUAUGACUAUCUUCCCACCCAAAGCCUCCAUGAUUUGUUACACGAAAGUGCACCGGGAAAACCGGCUUUGAACUGGGCUCGGAGACACAAGAUCGUGCUGGGAAUAGCUCGAGGGCUUGCGUACCUUCACACGGGACAAGAAGUACCCAUCAUCCAUGGGAAUGUCAGAUCGAAAAACGUGCUUGUGGAUGACUUUUUCUUUGCCAGGAUCACCGAGUUUGGUCUGGACAAGUUGAUGGUACCGUCUAUAGCCGACGACAUAAUCUCACAGGCGAAAUCCGAUGGGUACAAAGCACCCGAGCUCCACAAGAUGAAGAAAUGCAACCCGAGAACCGAUGUCUUUGCGUUCGGCAUCCUUUUGCUGGAGAUUCUGAUGGGGAAAAAGCCGGGGAAAGGCACGAGGAAUGUUGAGUUUAUGGAUUUACCUGCACUGGUUAAAGUUGCAGUGUUGGAGGAAACAACAAUGGAGCUUUUUGACAUGGAGGUGUUGAAAGGGAUAAGGAGUCCAUUGGAAGAGGGUCUGGUUCAGGCAUUGAAGCUUGCAAUGGGUUGCUGUGCUCCAGUACCGUCAGUUAGACCGACCAUGGACGAGGUUGUCAGACAGUUGGAGGAGAACAGGCCGAGGAAUCGGUCUGCUCUGUACAGCCCUACCGAGACCAGGAGCGAAGCAGAAACUCCGUUCUGAGGCUAAGUUUUCUGUCUGGUACCGGGUUUUUUUCUGCUUGUUCUAUGCAUGUAUUCC